UCUGUAGCUUCUCCACAAGUGCCGCCAUGGCUGAGGAGUACGUGACAGUGUCUGUGCGUAGCGGAGCCCUUAAGGGCCGCCGUCAGCGGACGGAGGAUGGUCAGUCCUUCAACAGUUUCGAGGGCGUGCCGUACGCCAAACCGCCAAUCGGACCUCUACGAUUCAAGGCUCCAGAGCCCCUUGAACCUUGGACAGGCGUACGGGAUGCCACAAAAGCCGGAAAGAUGUGCAUCCACUAUGAUGGCCAAUUGAAAGAGAUCGUGGGUGAUGAGGACUGCCUGUUCCUGAACGUGCACACACCUCAGCUACCCUCAGAGAGCAGAACGACAUCUUUGCCUGUGAUGGUGUAUAUCCAUGGAGGCGGAUUCGCCUUCGGUUGUGGUCAUACAUAUGAACCGGCACCAUUCAUGGACAAAGGCGUCGUGGUUGUCACCAUCAAUUUUCGGUUGGGUCCUCUGGGUUUUCUAAGUCUCGGGACCCUGGACGUGCCUGGCAACGCAGGACUCAAAGACCAGACAAUGGCACUCCGUUGGAUCAAGGAGAAUAUUGCGGUCUUCGAAGGUGACCCCAACAACGUCACCAUCUUUGGAGAGAGUGCUGGAGGUGCCGCAGUACAUUUUCUAUUGCUUUCCCCAUUAGCUAAAGGUCUCUUUCAUCGUGUGAUCGCACAAAGCGGCAGCGCCUUCUGCCCUUGGGCCGUUAUCCACGACCCGAUCGCCCGCGCCAAAAGCCUGGCGCUGGCGGCGGGCUGCGAGCCGAAGACCGCGGAGGACCCCGUCGCCCUGGCGAAAUGGCUGCGCGAGGCACCCGCCUUGUCCCUCGUCACCCACAUAGGCGCCUGCUUCACGGAGGAGGAGAUCGCCAAGUCCAUGAUCCUGCCCUUCGUGCCCUGCGUGGAGCCAGACCAUCCCGGAGCCUUCAUGCCCAAGACUCCUGCAGCUCUGAUGGCAAGCGGCAACGUCCCCAAAGUGCCGGUUAUCAUCGGAAUUACAUCUCACGAGGGAAUUGUGUUCCUUCCGGGCGCCGUACUGAAGUUCGACUGCUUCAGAGUUCCGCCUGGCGGUAAGAAGUCUACUCAGGAGGAGUUGGAGAUGGCCGAAGCAAAGGCAAUGGCGCAGUUAUCCUCGCGCCCAGAGCUUCUCCUCCCGGAGAAUUUGCCAGGUCGGAGUGAUCCCAAGAAAGAAGCGCAACUGGUGCAGCGUCUGAAGGACUUUUUCUUUGACGGGAAGCAGCCCUCCGAGGAGAAACUGUCGAGUUUGAUAGACGUGUAUUCUGACACGCAGUUCGUCCUGGGCGCGCUGCGAGCAGCGUGGGAGUUAGCGCGCCACGGAUCACCCGUCCACGUGUACGAAUUCGCUUACAAAGGGCGCGUCAACUGCUACAGCUUGCUCCUCAAUUGCAAAGAAGAACAUGUGUGUCACGGCGACGAACUGAGCUACUUGUUCAACAUGCCGGGUGUCCCUCGACCUGAACAAGGUAGUAAAGACGAGAUCACCAGACAACGUCUUGUUCGCUUGUGGGCUAACUUUGCGAAGAAUGGAAACCCGACAUCAUCACUUGAUGAUUUAAUCAAAGUUAGUUGGCCGCGAUACUCAGAAUCUGCACCCAACUACCUGAAGAUCGGCGAAGAACUCGAAGCGAACACCGAUCUUUUGAAGGAACGCAUGCUGUUCUGGAGAAGCUUGUAUGGCAAAUAAUGGUUUAUUAUUAUUAUUAUUAUUAUUAUUAUUAUUAUUAUUAUUAUUAUUAUUAUUAUUAUUAUCAUUAUCACCUUAAACAUAAGGUAGUGUUUAAUUUUUAUCAUGACAAGUUA